CUUGGCACGUUUGCCGUGAGCCCAACGGAAAGUGAAAGGGGAAAUUGUCCCCUCCGGGGUGUGUCUGAAUCCUUCAGGCCUCUGCGCGCGGGAGGAGACAGAAGAAGCAGGGGAGUUUCGCUGCCAUCUGCCCCCCAGUCGCAGGAGGAGCGGGCGCUGGGCGAAGCAGGAAUUUGCCAGGCACGUGGCUCGUGCAUUUCACCACGCCUUAGAUCAUCACCGGAGAGCCAGCGAUAGGGACAUCGGGUGAAGCCCAGCCGGCAGCUCAGCGUCAUUGCGGCUGGAGAACCCGAAUCCCUCUGGAACGUGUCCUGAGGCAACGCAGCGCCAGGAUCCAAGGGGUCUGGAAAGGCCGGGUGUGAGAUCACAAUGGGCCAGACCAACGGGAAACCCCACAACCAUGGUCAAGAGCUCACUGGGGACAUGGAUCUGGCCAGGUUAUGCUCCCAGGAGUUCCCCUGGGAGCCCUGGUGUGUGCAGAACAACGCCUGGAUGGUCUUCCCGGGCAACAAGACUGAGCUGGCGUUCCCCUCUGGGAUCAGGAUCUCUGACAACAGGGCCUGCUAUGAGGUGAAAGAGCCAACGGCCCAGAUGUGCCUGGCCAGGUUAUGCUCCUGUCCACAGAAGCUGAGAACCAAGAUCCUGAAGUAUGUGAGGGACGUGCUGGAGAAGUGGGAGUUGCCGAACGAGGACCUGAGAGCCUGCUUGGAGCAGACCCUGAAGGAGCUCAAUGCCGAGCUGGCGACCAGAUAUGACCACCCUGAGCCGGAGUCUGUGUCGGGCCAGGGGGAAUGUGAGAUCACUGUGUCCAAAGGCGACAGGGAGCCCUGCUAUGAAGUGAAGGAGCCCACAGUGGCAGUGUAUCGGGAGAGGUUACGCACUCACCCGCAAAGGCUGAGUCGGGGGAAGCUGGAGACAAACCGGGACAGGCUGGAGUCCUGGGAGGUGAAGACCAAGGAGCUGAGACGCAGCACCAGAUCGAAGCAGCGGAAGUUCCCCAAGGAGCCCGAGUGUGUCCGGGACAACCCCAGGAUGCGCGUCACCUGGGAGGAGACGAAGCUGCGGCCGAUCUCCGAAGAUGGGGACUGCAAGGUCUCCAUGACCAGCUGUGACGGGAAACCCAGCUACGAGGCGAAGGUGAAGAGCUGGGCGAUGUAUUGGGAGAGUAUGCGUCACUCUGAACAGCCACUCAGCAUUGAGAACCUGGAGGGCGUGCGGAGGGAGGUGAGGGGUCUGGAGGGGACUCCCGAGAAGGUCAAGGAGGCCUUGAACGUGGCCAUUAUUAAUCUCUCUGAUGAGCCGAGCUGCCUGCUGGAGAACGCCCGGCUGGUCAUUGAGUGCCCGGGGGGCGAGAUGGUCUUUGUCUCUGGGAAAGGGGAGAAUAAAGUGAACGUGUACAUCAUCGACGGGAAGCCUGUAGUAAACUAUGAAUGGCUGAAUGGAGGAUUACCUUACGCUGGUGAAUGCAAUCACCUUUGUAUACGUAGGCAAUAGGAGGUUUUACUGCAAAGCCGCACCGUAGAUUACCUAUUUGUCACCCAAGGAUUAGCUGCUGUCAGGAGGCUGCCAGAGAUCUACAAAAGAACUCUCGGGCCCCCGCCCUGUGAUCUCAGAUCUGCUUAAACUGGGUCAGGGAGAGCUGGAGUCGCAAGGCUGAGGUGUCCAGCCCCAGUCUGGAUCACCCUGCUGGUUCUCGUGGAAGAAUUUGAACAAACUCUGUAUAUGGACUGCCUAUUUGGACUAUAACCCGAUGAGCUGAUUCUGGGGAGAACUUUUUUGCAACUCAUCAGCCAAAAUUUCUACUAUGAACCUGCCCUAAGAACGCACCAUCAUAUCAUACAGUCAUAUCUAUAUGUAUAAUGAUCUUUUAACCACAAUAUGUUCUCUCUUUUCUUUUCUUAAUAAACUUUAGUUUGGUUAAUAAGAA